UGUCACCCCACUUCACAAACACACAGAUACUCUUACCAUUUAUUCUAGUUUUAAAUCUGAUGAUACAAAGUAUGUAGCUAGAGCCCAUAAUUUGACAUGUUUCUUCUUGUUGAUGUUGUUGCUAUACUUGUGGCUCUCUCCCCUCUAACAUCCUUCUCUGCUUUCGUGUAUUCAUAUGAUUCUUUGUGAGAGAUUAUCAUUUGGUUAUUUCGGUUUUCUUCCUAUUGUCUGGUAAUUUUCUUUCCCAAUUGAGGUCUCGCUUUCUCUUUGUUUUUCAUUUGGUUAUUUCGGUUUUCUUCCUAUUGUCUGGUAAUUUUCUUUCCAAUUGAGGUCUCCCUUUCUCUCUGUUUUGCUUUUAGACGUGUAGUACGAAUAUUUGGUUGAGUUUAUAUAUGAAACAUUCAUAAACAUCAAAGAUUGUUCCCAUUGAAUUCAGUUUUGUGAGCUUGUGGUUUGAGCCAUUUGUUGUUUUCCUUUCGUAUCGUUUGUAAUGGCACAAUUGCCUCCAAAAAUCCCAAACAUGUCAUUAAAUUGGCAUGAGUUUCCACACCAAAAAGUGCCUUCAAUGGGGAGUUCAACACCAGAUCUUUCUACAACUAAUUAUAUGAAUACCCGCACCACCACCUCUUCCUCCCAUAACCCUUCUUGGGUCGAUGAGUUUCUCGACUUCUCGGCAGCUAGACGGGGUUCCCACCGAAGAUCCAUAAGCGACUCGAUAACCUACCUCGAGGCGCCAACCCUAGAGGAAUGUCGUGAGUCGGGUGCCCCACCGAAGCAUGGGACUACUAACAAUGAGUUUGAUAGAUUUGAUGAUGAACAAUUCAUGACCAUGUUCACUGAAGAAAUAUCUACAGCCCUGGCCCCUACCAUGUCAUCCUCGAACCCCUCCUCGCCGUCCGAUCAUAACAGCAUUAACGAUGAAAAAGAAAUACAUGAACAAGAGCCGAAGCAGCAGCAGCAGCUAAAGAAUGAAUCUGAGGAGGAGGAGGAAAGCCAAUGCAAUUCAGGGAUACAAACUCCCCCUAACGCCAUUGCCAGCGCAUCUAAUGAUAAGAUAACUGACCCCAAGAGGGUCAAGAGAAUCCUAGCAAACAGACAAUCUGCUCAGAGAUCAAGGGUGAGGAAGCUACAAUACAUAUCAGAGCUUGAGCGUAGUGUCAAUUCAUUACAAGCCGAGGUUUCAGUGCUUUCACCACGGGUUGCUUUUUUAGACCAUCAACGUUUGCUUCUAAAUGUUGAUAACAGUGCUCUUAAGCAAAGAAUCGCCGCCCUUGCGCAAGAUAAGAUUUUCAAAGAUGCUCAUCAAGAAGCACUGAAGAGGGAAAUUGAGAGACUGAGGCAAGUGUAUCACCAGCAAAACCUCAAGAAGAUGGAAAAUGUUGCACCAUCAUCUCAACCUCAAUCUGAUGCCAAGCCUUCAAUCGAGAAAGAGCAUCUUGUCAAUCAUGUUUAACCUUAGACUACAUUUAAAAUGGCCAUUUACACAGGAAAAAAUGAAAAUCUGAUCCUAUCAUUUUCUAAUAGGAGGAAAAGACCAUCAAACGGACAUUUUCUAGGGUACUUACUAUCUUACUUGUCCCAAAAAACUGUUGGCUGAUCUUUCUUUAUAAGCUUGACCAUGUGAGUGUUUAUUGGGACUGAUUCACAUUCUGGGUGGGGAGGGAUUUGGUGUCCUCUGCAGAUAACCAGCACAAUCACGUGAUACGUUUGCUUUUAAGAAUGAGACCCCUCAAAGGUUGCGUGAUUGGACUGCAGGAGAGAACAUAUUGACAUGUGAGGAAGGGGAAAAAAAACAAAACCAGAAACAAAAACAAAAGAUUGUAUUGCUAAUUUCCAAAAAUUAUAAUGGAGGGGUUUUGUGAUGAUUCCUCAACUA